CUGUAAUGGAUUGAUUAUUGCAUGACGCUCCAGCAAAAAUUCGCAGUUGAGCGUAGAUUAUGCAGAAUAUUUCAUCCAUAUAGUGUUGACCGUCACUUGACUUUUUGCAUGGAAGUGGAUCGGUUGGCAGUGUCUCUGACUAAUAUUUCAAGUUAAAUUCCUAGAAUAAGCAGAAUGUCCGUUUUCGAGCCUACCGAACAUCAGCACCGUCGAUUCAAUCCUCUGACUGGCCAAUGGAUAUUAGUCAGCCCGCAUCGGAUGAAGCGUCCGUGGUCAGGUCAAGAAGAGCAACCCCAGCGUAAUGAUUUGCCAGAUUUCGAUCCAACCAAUCCUUUGUGUCCGGGUGUAAUGCGAUCCAAUGGCAUUAAAAAUCCUAUCUACACAUCGACCUUCGUGUUUACGAACGAUUUUCCAGCUUUACUGGAGGACGUUCCGUUGCCCCCGAAGAGUGACGAUCCACUCUUCCAAACCGGUGGUGCUCGUGGAACAUGUCGUGUGAUGUGUUUCCAUCCCAAGUCUAACAAAACUCUUCCAACAAUGACUCCGAAAGAAAUCCGUACUGUGAUCGAUGCCUGGAUUGCCGAGUUUCGUUCGUUAGCAGUAAAGUAUACAUGGGUACAAAUCUUCGAAAAUAAAGGAGCAAGCAUGGGAUGUUCAAACCCGCACCCCCAUUGCCAGAUUUGGGCUUGCUCUUUCCUACCAACUGAACCGUGUGUGAAAGAUGAACGCUUGAGGGAAUAUUUUCAGACUCAUGGAACUGCUUUGCUUGACGAUUACGUAAAGAAGGAAAUCAUCAAAAAAGAGCGCGUUAUUGUGGACAAUCCGGAUUGGCUAGUAGUUGUACCGUUUUGGGCCAGCUGGCCCUUCGAAACGAUGAUUAUCUCGAAAAACAAAAAUAAACGCAUCUCCGAUCUGACAAUACAGCACAUUAAUAACCUUGCCAUCGUUAUCAAAGAGCUUACUAUCAAGUACGAUAACCUAUUCAAGUGUUCGUUUCCCUACAGCAUGGGGUGGCAUGGAGCCCCAACCGGCGAGCUGGUGAACGAAGAUGAUUCCCAUUGGACGCUACAUGCAAUCUACUACCCUCCGUUGCUGCGUUCGGCUACCGUCCGCAAAUUUAUGGUAGGUUUUGAGCUUCUGGGUCAGGCCCAGCGAGAUCUUACUGCCGAGCAAGCUGCAGACAGGUUGCGUCAACUGUGCGGAAAAAAACAUUACACGGAACACAUAUGAAAAAGGGACUUUUCUUUGUUGCUGUUAGCUCUAUUUUUUUUUUGUUUUUCAUGUAGACUCUUAUCACUGUUUGUAGAAGAUAAUAAAAUAGUCGUUUAUUCUGUACCAAUA